AUGAAUUCACUAGCCCGACUCAUCAACGGAAAAGUAAAAGAAGAAGCACCCAUCCAAUGUCUGGAGGCUAUGAACAGACUUUGGACUCAGGUUGAGGAGAUUCAUCACUCCAUUUGGGAAGCUGUUAAUGAUCCGGGAUCUGAGGGUUACAACAGGGAGUUGUACACCGAAUUAGAGACAUCAGUUCUCAAAAAUCAAGCUUCUUUGAGCAAAACUUUAUCAAGCGAGCCAUCAAAACAGCUAGCUGAUCGCCCGGCAAUUCAGUUGCCUAAAAUGUCGAUACCCAAAUUCGACGGCGAUUAUUUAAAAUGGCAAACAUUUUCCGGCAUCUUCACUAAGAUGAUACAUGAACAACCAUUACCACCCAUCCAAAAAAUGUGGUAUUUGAAAACAAAUGUGUCCGGUGAUGCAGAGAGACUGAUGCGCCAUCUUGAACUGACCGAAGACAACUACAGUAUUGCUUGGAACAUUCUCCAGGAUAGUUUGAGCAAUAAAAGGGCGCAAACCUCAGCAAUUAUCCAGAGGAUUCUCAGUCUGCCGAACAUGAAUCCAGAAAUGAAGGCCAUCAGAGAAUUUCAUGACGCAAUCCAUAAAUGUCUCAAAUCUCAAAACUCUUGGCAUUGA